AUGACUCCUCGUUUUCCCGGCGUCGAGGACCCACGGCUGUUGCUCUGGCCUCGAGAGGGGUCGGAUGACUCCGAUGCUCCGGGUAUCCUCACAAUAGUUGGCACCUUGACCGGACUGUCGACCUUGGUGUUGUGGCUACGUUGUUAUGUGCGCGGGUACCUCCUUCGACGCUUCAAUGCAGAGGAGCACAUCAUCAUCGCGGCGUGGCUGUGUGCCAUCGGUGUCCUGAUUUGCUUCGUGCUGGAAGCCCAACAUGGAUUGGGGCGGUAUAGCCAGGACAUCUCUGACCAGGAUAAUCAGAUGCUGUCCAAGCUGGUCUAUUGCCACUCAAUCAUCGUCAUGGUCGGCCUCAGCCUUGUCAAGAUUUCCCUGGCCGUGUUCCUGCGACGGUUUUCGCAAAGCUUGCUAAGCAAAGCGCUGGUUGGGUCAAUUGUCUUUCUCAUCGCGUUUACCAUUGCCUGUAGUUUGACCCUGAUCCUCCAGUGCAUUCCCGUGGCAGCAGCAUGGGAUACAAGCCUGCGGCCUCAUGCGCGCUGCUUCAACAAUGAUACUUUCACCGCCAUUGGCCUGUGGAAUAGCAUUACCAACCUCGUUACCGAUGUCAUAUUCGCCACCCUUCCAGUGCCCCUUUUCAUCGGAAUCCAGGUCAAUUGGCGAACCAAAGUGUCACUUAUUGGAGUCUUGAGCCUGGGAUACCUAGCAUGCGUUGCUAGUAUCGUCAAGAUCAUUUCCCAAGUCAAAGUGCUCAAAGAGCAGAACAUGUACCGACACGACACAUUCAUGAUCUGGAAUUGUGCCGAACUCAACGUCGCCAUUCUCGCGGCCUGUCUGCCCAGCAUCAAGCCCCUGCUGAAAUCCAUCCUCGAUGGCACUCGCAGUUUGACCAGCGGGCGUCGCAACGCUACUGCCUACCGCUACAACACGCACGGCUACUAUGUCCAACACAGCACCGAUAUUGCCCUGAAGUCAGUGACCAGGACGCGACCGUCGCCAUACGAUAUCACCCACGACGCAUCAGUCGUGGCAAGUUCCGACAGUGAUUCGGGGAGUCGGCGCGAGAGUGAUGAGCAGAGGCUACAUCGGACCGAGCCUGGCAUCAUGAAGACGACGGAGGUGGUGAUCCAAACCCAUGGCGAUUGA